AUUCGCAACGUCGACGUAGAGUGUGCCCAGUUGGAGCGUUAGCUUUCUAUUCCUUUGAAAAAUGGCAUCUGAAAGGCUCUUCGAAAGGUUCUUCAAAAGACUCUUCCUCCCCACCUCCGAAAUUCGACAUGAAAGACUGGGAAAAGGCCUAUCUUAUCCAUGGUAGAGACGAAUUCUCUCCAUUGAGUAGUUCUGACCACUAUCAAAUGCACAAACAAGAGAUGGAACGAGAAAACAUAACCUCGAAGAAGGUCACUCAUUCUGGUCGAGGAUCUGGGGCUCGACACGCACAGGAAAUGGGUGCAGGCGUCGAGGAGAUUGCACAGCAUGGAAACUGGAACAACAGUCGCGUUGUCUUGUUCUACCUGUCAGGGAUACCAAAGGACGUCCCCCAACGCAGGAUUCGAUAUUAGGUUUUGGGGUUGUGCCUGUAUAAAAG